AUGGACAACAGUGAGGAAGAACAGAGCUCCUUUUCAGUCAGUCUCAUUUUUCUUAAUGAGGAUCAGGUAAAGGGUGAUGUCCAGCUCUUGAGACAAAGCCAGCACUGCGAUUUUACUUUAAAACUCAGCAGAGAAAUGGAAGACAUCACUUUCUCCAUACAGAAUGGUGAUGGAAUCUGUGUUUUCAAAUCUUCAAUCACGAGGGAUACAGAGUUUUGUCGGGUGGGUGCCCAGUCGUUCCUCUUAACAUUGGGUUGCAUCACCAUUGUGUUAUAUUUCAAGACGCAGCUGGAGUUACAGGUCUUUCACAAGAUUCUCAAAAGCUGGAGAGAUCCUCAGAAGAGUCAGUCAGUAUUUGACAAAAGGACAGAAGAUUCAUCUGCCCAACAGUACUUCCAGUUUUAUGGCUGUUUGUCACAACAGCAGAACAUGCUUCAGGAUUACUUGAGAACAGCCACGUACCAGAAAGCUAUUCUUCUCAAUGAGAUUGACUUCAAAGAUAAGGUUGUGCUUGAUGUAGGGUGCGGAACAGGAAUACUGUCUUUUUUUGCUGUCCAGGCGGGAGCUAAGAAAGUCUAUGCAGUGGAGGCAAGCUCUGUGGCCAGAUAUGCCGAGAUACUUGUGAAGAGCAACAACCUAUCAGACAGAAUCACAGUGCUGUCUGGGAAGAUAGAGGAGGUGUCUUGCCCUGAGAAGGUUGAUGUCAUAAUCUCUGAGCCCAUUGGUUAUAUGCUUCUCAAUGAGAGGAUGCUGGAGAGCUACCUGUACUCUAAACACUGGUUAAAGCCCAAAGGAAUGAUGUUCCCAACCUACAGUGACAUUCAUCUCGCUCCCUUCACUGAUGAACAGCUUUACCUGGAGCAUUACGCUCGUUCCAACUUCUGGCAGCAGUCAUGUUUCUAUGGAGUAAAUCUGAGUGGGCUUCACUCUGCUGCUGUGGAUGAAUUCUUCAGACAACCUAUCGUGGAUACGUUUGAUAUGCAGAUUUUGAUGGCAAAGUCUGUAAAAUACAACAUAAAUUUUCUUGAGGCUAAAGAAGAGGAUUUGCACAGGAUGGAAAUUCCAUUUGUUUUCAAAUUGCUACAAUCAGGACUGAUUCACGGCCUGGCAUUCUGGUUUGACGUGGCAUUCGUAGGGUCGAGGAUGACAGUGUGGCUGUCCACAUCUCCCAAUGAACCCCUGACUCACUGGUAUCAAGUACGCUGCCUCUUGCAGACACCUCUUUUUGCUAAAAUGGGGCAGACAUUGUCUGGACAGGUCCAGCUCAUAGCAAAUAAGAGGCAGAGCUAUGACAUUCACAUCACAGCUGUCAUUGAUCAGUCUGGAUUUAAAUCUGGAAACACUCUGGAUUUGAAAAAUCCUUUCUUCCGGUAA